ACCCUGACCUCAAGCUUGUCAUUUGAAGGCCACAAAGGCACUGAGUUCCUUCACAAACAUGGCAAGCGUUGAAUCCACACACACCAAACUUUUCAUCUCCAACUAUCUUCAAUCUCUUUCCCAAACCCCUCAUAGGCUCAGAAAGAGAAUGCUUGCAACAUGGACCCCAGACCAAGAGCUUAACCAAGUCAGGCUAAGGUCUGGUGCUGAUAUGAAGAGGAAACUUAGGUGGUUUGAUUUAGUAGCUCUCGGCAUAGGUGGAAUGCUUGGUGUUGGUGUUUUCGUCACCACUGGCCCCGUUGCCCGCAAAACCUCCGGUCCUUCCGUCUUCAUUUCUUAUAUCAUUGCUGGAAUAUCAGCACUUCUCUCUUCUUUGUGUUACACUGAAUUCUCAGUCCAGAUUCCUGUUGCCGGCGGUGCCUUCAGUUACCUCAGAGUCACUUUUGGAGAAUUUGUGGGGUAUUUUGCUGGAGCAAACAUACUUAUGGAGUAUGUAUUAUCAAACGCAGCAGUGGCAAGAAGUUUCACAGAGUAUUUAUGCUCAGCCUUUGGAGUAAGUGAUCCAAAUUCCUGGAGAGUGGAAGUUCAUGGACUGGUUGAAGGCUAUAACAAGUUGGAUUUCAUUGCUGUUGCUCUUGUUCUUCUUCUUACUCUCUCUCUAUGCCAUAGUACAAAGGAAAGCUCAAUCUUGAACCUUAUUAUGACAAUCUUCCAUGUUAUUUUAUUCGGAUUCAUCUUAAUUGUGGGGUUCUGCAAUGGGAGAGUGGAAAAUUUGGUGAAACCAGGAGGGAUAGCUCCUAAUGGUAUUAAAGGCGUGCUUGAUGGAGCAGCCAUAGUUUACUUCAGCUACAUAGGCUAUGACUCAGUUUCAACCAUGGCUGAAGAGAUCCAAAACCCACCCGUAAGCCUUCCGGUGGGCAUAGUGGGGUCAGUUGUCAUUGUUUCAGCACUUUACUGUCUCAUGGCCUUGGCUCUAUGUAUGAUGGUUCCUUACAAUCAGAUAGGUGAAAAGGCAUCAUAUUCGAUGGCAUUCCAAAACAUUGGGUGGAAGUGGGCGGGGAAUGUUGUAGGGGCCGGAGCAAGCAUGGGGAUUGUUGCUUCUCUCUUGGUUGCCAUGUUAGGCCAAGCCAGGUACCUGUGUGUUAUAGGAAGGGCAAGGCUAGUGCCUUUUUGGCUAUCUAAUGUGCAUCCAUCAAGAGGCACCCCAUUCAAUGCCACACUCUUUUUGGGGCUUUGCACGGCAUCAAUAGCACUGUUCACAGACCUGGAAAUAGUGAUGGGCAUGAUCUCAAUCGGCACACUGUUGGUGUUCUACAUGGUGGCCAACGCUACGAUCUACCGAAGAUAUGUGAUAAAAACCCAAAACCCACCUUUCAAAACACUCUCUUUCCUCUUCCUCCUCACAUUAACCGCCAUAGGCUUCUCCAUGUCAUGGAAACUAAAACAACAAUGGUGGGGUUUGCCUCUAUUCGGUGGCCUCAUGGUCACCAUGACGGCCUUGUUCCAGUACAGGGUCCCUUGCGUAGGUCAGACAGGUGAGUGGUCGGUGCCGUUCAUGCCUUGGCCGGCGGCGGUUUCCGUUUUCCUGAAUGUCUUCCUUAUGACAACACUGAAGAAGCUGUCGUUCCAAAGGUUUGGUGUGUGGGCGUGUUUGAUAACAGUGUUCUACGUGUUGUAUGGAGUUCACUCCACUUUUGAAGCUGAAGUGAUGGAGAAGGAAUUGGGUGUUAAUGGAGUGCCAAACCCACCAUCCAUACAAUUAACUAAGCUAGAUGCUUGAGAAUUCAAGUUCAAAUGAAAACUCAAGCAACCUCCCAUUGUAUAUUUA